AUGGUCGGCUGCUCCGUUGAUAUAUGGUCACUCGGUUGCAUUCUCUUCGACCUUCUGGGAUUUUCUUGCAAUGGCCCCGAGGGCUUCAAAGAGGUACAGAAGUAUCGUAACAAGGACAAGUCCAAGCCCAACGGGUUUUUUGAAAGGGCAGAAGAAGGUGACAUCAUAAAGAAGGGCUUGAUUGACCUGAUCGAUCGAUGGGACAACUCUAAUCGGCCUUGGGUCAUACCUUGGAAGAACAUAGUUCUAAAAACCCUCCAAAUCCCUCCACACGAGCGGCCCAAGGCCUCAGAAGUUGCAUCGGAUCUGAAAAACGACCUUAUCAGGAAGCUACCUGGGCUACCUGGAGACCAUCAUAUACAGCUGGGGGCCGACGAACAACUGAGACCAAGACAGGAGGUUGGAUCGCCCCAGAUAUAUACAUCUGUCUUUGUAGACAAUGUUCCGAAACAUCUAAAAAAGGCUAAGGUCUCUGUGUGUGGGCAGUGGGCCCUUCUACAGGGAGAGAAUUCGGUUCUGCCCCUGCGGAUGGACGACCUGCAAUUUGGACAAUCCAAGCACCAGCUUCCACAAAUUCAUGAAGAAACAUCACACAAAGUCCAGGCAACUGCUGCGUCAGGCUCAUUCUACGCUAUCCUAUAUAAUCUGCAUCACGAUCCUUCUCGAUUGCAGGUAACACUUUAUGGCCCCAAGGGUGAUUUUGAGAAGCACAUCUAUAAUGGCUACCCUUGCUCGGGGCUCUCAGUUUCGUCAAGUGGUGACUUUCUUAUCCACCUAGAUGACAAUGAACUUGUUCUGCACCUACAUGGGGCUGCCACUAGCUCUAUAAAGACCAUACACAUUGAAGAGCAUAGAAUAGCUGCGGCUUUCAGCCCUGAUGGAGAUGAUAUCUAUGUGUGGUCCAGAGGAGGAGACAAUGUCACUGACUACUGGCACGUUUUCAACAAGAACGAACUUGAAGAUCGUGAUGGCGGGUCACAAGGCUUGGUCUGCUCUUCUAAAUCCAUUCAAAGCACCGCCACUCCCGGUCAGUCGAGAGAUAUACUCGUCCCGUUUAAACGACAAUCGAACCCAGUUGAGCUAUGUCCGCUCUUCUUCGCCGUCGACAGCCAUGGAAACGCGUCCGUUAUCGUGGAAAACUUUAAAACGAAACCUAACGGGCUCAAACGGAUAAGAAUCUUCAACAAGGCCAGCGAGAGCGGAAAGCUGCAAGGCAUAAUUCACGGUUGUGCUCCACCCGAAGGAAGUCCCGUUGUCCUUAUCCGCGAUGGCCAGAGUAGCAAAUUCGCCUUCGUAUGUUUCAACUUGGCCGAAGACCUGGCUGACCUGGGACGGAAAUCGUCAUUGCCAGGAUAUUUGGAAGCGAGUGUUACAGGACUUCACGAUGCCUCGAUACUUGCUGAUUACUCUCCGGCCUCCAGCGAUUUUACACUGUGCUCUGGACCCUCUGGAUCCUCUGGACUAUGGGCGUAUGUUGCUCGUUGCACUAAAGGAGGCAAAGCUGCUGAGGUGCGAAAGGCUAUUAUUAAGUCUAACUGA